AUGCCACGCCUCAUCGAUAAUCUUAUGCAUUUCAAUGGUAAAGGUGACGAGAAUUCGAAUUCAAGUCGACGAGUAGGAAUACAGAAGAGCUUUGUAAUUCUCGAUUUUUCUCUAUGCUAACCAGCUGCUCCUUUCUCUUCACUGACUAAUUUCAUUUCGAAGUUGUUGUGCACACACGCAUGUUAAAACAGAUCUAUGCCAUACUCAAUUAGGAUUGUUGUUGAUUGAGGACAGUGUCCGAGUACUCAGUCUUCCUUUCACUACUUGUAAAUAUAUCAAUCGAAUUAGAUUUAUUCUUCGGCCAGCACGUGUCAACUGUAUUCGAUAUCAGGCGAGUUUGAUUUCCGUUGUCAAAUAGACAUAUGAACAAAAAAGAGAGAGAGAGAGAAUGAGUGUGAUCGAUUGAGUGUCAACAUCUAAUUAUUGAGAAAGGGAGAGGAAAGC